UCAGGGCCUUGGCGUCAGCUGUCCCCCGUCCCCUGUAAAACCUAUGUGUAAAACACAGAGGGAUUAUUUAUUUUUGGCUCUGGCGUGUGUUCAGUAUCGGGGCCUAGCUGAGCUGAUACAUCCAGAUGGUUCUGCUAAGGUGCAUGUUUACGGAUUCCUGGAGAUUGUGAAUAUGUAUGUGGCUCAUCUCUUGUGUGUUGUGGCUGUGGACUCUGACUUGCUGCUAACCCUCGCUGGGCUCCAGUGUGCUCUAUGACGCCUUGUAAGAGGUCAGACAGAGGACAGCGACUCCACUUCCCAUUUCCCUUCAAAACCUCAACCCCCAUCGCCAUGGUAGAGCUUCAGCUUCCCAGAAUGCACCUCUCCAGCCAGCUGACCUUGGGGUCGGCAGCUGUCAAUCACAUCCUCAGCUGGCUGUGCAGCUUCUGGACAUAGACUGGAGGAUGUGAGGGAGGCCUCUGAGAGGAGCCCUGGCUCUGCAUAUGGGAUCAUCUCUGUGCAUUCAUGGCGGAGCCAGAAAUGGAAUCAAAUGGGGCUUGUGAAGCCUCUCAGCCCAAAUGGAUUUCAUGUUUACACACUUGUCCAUCAGCUGAGCAGUUUGCGGCCUCAGGUAUCCGGAGAGAUGUUGAGAUGUCCUCAAAGCAAGCGGUGCCGCGUCUGAACCUGAGCAGCAGGAGGACACCAGAGACCUCUCCGGGGCUGGAGCACCGUGGCUCCGGCUCAUUUCUCCCCUGUGAUGAGCUGCAGAAACCUUCACACCUUCCUCCUCCUCCUCUCCCUCACCGCCUCAGUCUGCGCGGGGAUCUGUACGCCGCCGCCAUGGGGAGGUUUGGAGAUACUGCUGCGGACUUUACGCACGGCGCAGCCUCGGCCAACCCUCCCGCCUCCCCGACCAAACAUAGCAAGUUCAUGGAGAGUAUAAACCAGGAUCAGAAGGGGACAGCGAUAAGCGGCAAGCCUGCGUUUUACGACCACAACUCUGAAGUCAGAGAGAAAGGAGUUCCAAAGACGAUGGGCUAUCCUGGCAUUGGCACGGACUGCUGUGGAAAACUGAAAGAGCCGGGAAGCAUUUUACACGGAGACUCCAUCGCUGACUCCAUCGACUUGUCAGGCAAGAACAAGAAACGGCGUAACCGCACCACCUUUAGCACCUUUCAGCUGGAGGAGCUGGAGAAAGUGUUUCAGAAAACACACUACCCAGACGUGUACGCCAGGGAGCAGCUCGCCCUGAGGACCGAGCUCACUGAGGCCAGAGUUCAGGUUUGGUUUCAGAAUCGUAGAGCCAAGUGGAGGAAACGGGAACGCUACGGAAAGAUCCAGGAGGUCCGCAACCACUUUGCUGCUACAUACGAUAUUUCUCUUCUUCCUCGCCAUGACACAUAUCAGAUGCAGGGCAACCUGUGGCCAGGAGCAGCCUCCGGAGGAGGUGGUGGUUCAGGUGCUGGCUGUGUCCUGGGUGCUGACUCUAUCCCCUCGUCCUGCAUGAGCCCGUACCCCCACCCCCACCCCCACAGCAACCUGCAGGGCUUCAUGGGCAUGCCCGCAUCCCCUGGCCACCCCCAUCACCACCAUCCUUCUCACCAUCCGGGUAUCAACGGCCUCUACUCGCUCCACAGCUUCCCAGGAGGCCUUGGGCCCCCUUCCAUUGAGGGGCCUGAGACCGAAUACAAGCCGACGGGCCUGGUGGCACUGCGAAUGAAAGCCAAAGAGCCGGGUAGCCUCCUCUCCUGGCCUACAUGACCACAACAGUGCCAGUUCCCCACUAUGCACUGACUGAGCCAAAGCAUAUUACGUUCCGGAUUCAUAUGCAGUCCCUGAAGUACACACCCAGCUCAGCAUUGACUCAAAUAUUCCUCUCAACAAAUAUGUAAACCACCUUGGAGACUUUUAGUUGUUCAGAACAUGGAAUAAGAAUUUCAUUUUGGGCAUCUUGAAAGCCUCUUGCACGAAAAAAAACCCCCAGUGUAUUAAUAGGAACUUUGUGUUUUUAGUUUCAGUCAGAUAUCCCGAUGCUGAGACCAAAGAGGAAAAAAUUAUUUAAGCAUGUAAAAAUUGUAAUUAUCAUAUUAAUCAUUGUUUUUUAUGUCUGAUGUGCUUUUUAGUGUGAGCAGUAAUAAAGGCCCCCAUCUAAAUAA